AUGUCAGAUCGUGAAGGACAUCCUGGAGCACCAGGGACUGAUGAGGAGCUCUCGCUGCCGAAAGCGACAGUCGGAAAGAUGAUUGCAGAACUGUUACCCAGCGACGUAAGUUGCGCGAAGGAGACGCGUGAUUUGGUGAUUGAGUGCUGUGUAGAAUUUAUUCAUCUAAUAUCGUCAGAAGCAAAUGAGAUUUGCGAGCAAGAAUCGAAGAAGACCAUUGCGCCUGAGCAUAUUAUCACUGCUCUGAAGCGGCUUGGUUUUGAGUCGUUCACAGAAGAAGUGCAAGAUGUCUUGAAAGACCACAAGCAGCAGCAGAAAGAUCGGGAGAAGAAGGUCUCCAAAUUUGAGUUAUCUGGACUAACGGAAGAAGAACUCCUCCGACGGCAAGAAGAGCUGUUCGCGGCCAGUCGAGCUAAGUUUCAGACUGCCCAACAAUGA